CACCAAGGGACCAGCCAGGAGGGAGAACAGCAACUCCAGAACACCCUGGUACUAACUCCCAGAAAAGCAAGCAACCAGCCAGGCAGGUUCCGUCCCUCUCAUACACUGGCCCGAGGCAACACAUCUCCCUCCGGAAAGGACACCAUGAGCACGGAAAGCAUGAUCCGAGAUGUGGAACUGGCAGAGGAGGCGCUCCCCAAAAAGAUGGGGGGCCUCCAGAACUCCAGGCGGUGUCUGUGCCUCAGCCUCUUCUCAUUCCUGCUCGUGGCGGGGGCCACCACGCUCUUCUGUCUACUGAACUUCGGGGUGAUCGGUCCCAACAAGGAGGAGAAGUUCCCAAAUGGGCUCCCUCUCAUCAGUUCCAUGGCCCAGACCCUCACACUCAGAUCAUCUUCUCAAAACUCGAGUGACAAGCCCGUAGCCCACGUCGUAGCAAACCACCAAGCGGAGGAGCAGCUGGAGUGGCUGAGCCAGCGUGCCAACGCCCUCCUGGCCAAUGGCAUGGAUCUCAAAGACAACCAACUGGUGGUACCAGCAGAUGGGCUGUACCUUAUCUACUCCCAGGUUCUCUUCAAGGGACAAGGCUGCCCCGACUACGUGCUCCUCACCCACACCGUCAGCCGAUUUGCCAUUUCAUACCAGGAGAAAGUCAGCCUCCUCUCUGCCAUCAAGAGCCCUUGCCCUAAGGACACCCCUGAGGGAGCUGAGCUCAAGCCCUGGUAUGAGCCCAUGUACCUGGGAGGAGUCUUCCAGCUGGAGAAGGGGGACCUGCUCAGCGCUGAGGUCAACCUGCCCAAGUACUUAGACAUCACGGAGUCCGGGCAGGUCUACUUUGGAGUCAUUGCUCUGUGAGGCGACUGGCGUGUUCAUCCGUUCUCUACCCAGCCCCUGUCCCCGACUCUGACCCCCAUUACUCUGACCCCUUUAUCGUCUACUCCUCAGAGCCCCCAAUCUGUGUCCUUCUAACUUAGAAAGGGAAUUGUGGCUCUGGGUCCAACUCCGGGCUCAGAAUUUCCAACAACUACGAUGCUCAGAAACACACGAGACGCUGAAGUAGUGGCCUGGAUUGCGGGCUGCUCAUGAGCCGCCACCGGCAAGGAUUCCAAUGGGCUUUCGGAACUCACUGGAUCCCGGAAUGUCGAUGCCUGAGUGGAUCGGGGGAGUGGAGGGGGGAGUGGAUCAGGCUGCCUCUGGCUCACAAGGCUGCUGAAGAUGUCUCAGGCCUCCCUUCCUUCCUUCCUUCCCUCCCUCAGAGCUUCCCAGACUGUUCCCUGAGGCACAGCGCCCAGCCUUCCUUACGGAACCCCCUCUAUUUAUAAUUGCACCUGUGACUAUUUAUUUAUUAUUUAUUAUUUAUUUAUUUGCUUAUGAAUGUAUUUAUUUGGAAGGCCGGGGCGUCCUGGAGGACCCAGCGUUGGGAAGCUGUCUUCAGGCCAACAUGUUUUCUGUGAAAACGGAGCUAAACUACCAGCUAUCCCCAUCUGGUCCCCCACCCCUGCCUCGUUGCCUCCCCCCUUUUCUUUUGCUUAUGUUUAAAACAAGAUAUUUAUCUAACCCAGUUGUCUUAAUAAUGCUGAUUUGGUGACCAGGCUGUCGCUACAUCACUGAACCUCUGCUCCCCACGGGAGCCGUGACUGUAAUCGCCCUACGGGUCAUUGAGAGAAAUAAAGUUCGCUUGGAAAAGAAA